ACUUCCAUCAUCCUCCUCACAUCACACGGCUUCUCCGUCGUCUCUGCAGACUACUCUCUCUCUCUCUCUCACGAGUUUUCAUUUCACCUGCAGAGCUCACGAUCUUGUUCUUUUUUAAUCAAAUCAAAACACUGAAGAGAGAUGGCGUCGAGAAACUCCGUAGCAGGAUUCGCGUUAUUCACAUUUGUAUUCGCCGUCAUCUCCUCUCUCGCCGGCGCUCAAAACCUAGCUCCAGCUCCUGCUCCCACCAGUGACGGGACAUCGAUAGAUCAAGGGAUUGCGUAUUUGCUGAUGGUGGUGGCGCUUGUGCUCACUUACCUUAUCCAUCCUCUCGAUGCUUCUUCUUCCCUCAGCUUCUUCUGAUUUUUUUUUCUAGUUUCAGUUUGUGGAUAACAGUCUUCUCUAAGAGUUUACUUUGCUCAUGAUUUGUGAUGCUGUCUUGCUUAUGAAGAUGAUUCCUGGGGAUUGAAUCUCACUCUCUAUUGUUUUCCAUCAAUCAUAUUGUUUGUUCAUCCUCUUCCAUAUUUAAUUUAUUCAUAUUCAUAUAUUCAUAUGUGGUGGUGUUGUAUAAUCUUUCAAAUGAAAUUACCAGAAACUUUUGACAAUUAUUAACUUUGAAUUUUUAAAACAAAACUAAGAUUAGCACAUUUCUAAUAA